GUACUCGAGUACCGGUGGUAUGUCCGAGGAGCUCUUACAGUAAUUUACUGCUAAGUGACCGGUACGGUGGACAAUAUUUUACACCAUUGCCACACUUGGACCAUUACCAAUCUCGAAACAUUCUACAGUACUGUACUGUACAAGUAUCAUACUCGUAGGGAACCAAAAAUGUACCAUACAAGUACUGAUGCUCGACCACCAUGCCAUAAUAACACACGUGCAGCUAUCACAAGCAAGGGCUUGGCGCAGAGAAACGAAUACAAGCAGAAAGUCCAUGCGCGAACAGAAAUAUCGCUUAAAUACUGUCGCGCGUUGAGCCCCGAGUCCCUCUCCUCCUCCACCCAUCUUCCCACCCUUCUAUUCUCCAUCCCACCAGAAAUACCGGUACUCGGCAUGACUACCCCUCAACCGGCCGAUUCCUCUGAGGCCCCUUUCGGUUAUACCAAUCUAGGACAACCCCGCAGGCGUCCCCUUUCCGGUAGGGAAGGCUUCUGUCCCGUUCGGGAGUGUCAACGCAAUUUCAGACACCGCCUCAAUCCUAGGCAAGCCAUCUGGCAGCAUUUGGCCCACUACCUAAACCCCACGUGCGCGGAGGGGUUACCCUCCUCCCCUUUCAGACAAGCACAUGCCAAAAUGCACGAACAAAUGAAAGCAGAAUUGGCAAGCUCGAGGCUCACAGGCAACGAGAGAAAGGAGCGGCAGAAGGAAAGUAAAAAGAAAUGGGUGGAGAAGAAUACGGAAAAAAGAGCACUCUCUUUGAAAAAGUCGAAUCUUAGAAAGAAAGCGAAGAAAGAGUUGAAGAAGGAAGGAAAGGAUUUGACGGAACAGGCUAUCGGGGAACUGGUGGAAAAAUGGCACGCAGCAGGAACAGCGAACUAGAAAAUUGAAAUCCUCACCAAAACAGCACGAGGCAAGAAUGGGAGAUCAAUCAUUUGCUCUAUCAUCUCGUGAGAAGCUGGUAUCAUAGAUAAAAAAUUGAAUAAACAACCUUACCCCC